AUGACGAGACGAAAGGAUGGCGCCAAAUCUGGGACUUCCACGAUUUUGCCGAAUUGCAUCCUGACGUUUACAUUUCUAUUUUUAUCGUUUGUGCAUUCCGGAUUCCUGAGCUACAACAGCAGCUUCAUCUCGAUGACUGACGUCAGGACAAGUCCAUUGAGAGCAGAUAACACGGAAAACAUCACCGAAAUUGAGUGGAAUAACCCCGAGUUGAUGCUUCGCCAUCGACGAGUCAGACUAUCGGUUGCCCAAAUUGGCUGGGGAUUUGCAGUCGGAGCUCUCGGCUCAGGUCUUGGCCUCAUCCUGGUCGACCGUAUCCGAAAGCACAUCCGUAUCUAUGCCCUCACCUUCCUCUCCGGAUCCGUCAUCUCAGCCACGUGCCUCAUUCUACCGUACAUGAUUGCCAAUUCUUUCGUUGCAUUCACAUUUUUACGUUUGAUACGUGGCAUAAUUUCCGGUAUUUUGCCGAUGACCGCCUCAAAAAUGUUAUCGAAAUGGGUGUCGGACCGGAAUAGGAAAUUUUGGACGAUCGUAUUUUCAACUUAUGUCGAGAUGUCGCCGCUUAUUGCUUUGACUAUCGCAAAAUUUGCUGGAUCCGCACGAUGGCCCUUAAUUUUCUAUAUUCAUGGUGGUACCGCUCUGUUUUUGACGAUUGGAUGGGCUGUAGUGGUCAUAUUCGGAAAGAUGCCAAGAUUAGACCAAGAAAAUGAUAGUGAAACGUCGUUGGGAGGCAAUAAAUAUGUGCUACAUACUGGCGUAAAUGAAGAAAGCCGGGUAGCACUACCAUUAUGGGCGCUCCUCAAGAAUUUUCAAUUUUGGUCGGUGAUGGCCGGAAGCCUAGGGCAUACGUUUGGAGUUCAAUUCUCCCUCACUUGUUCACUUCUAUUCUACGCUAAUGCGCUGAAAUAUACCCCAAGAGAAUGUGCCGGGGCGACGCUCUAUCCUAUUUUAUUAAUGUUAAUAGUGAAAAUCGCGACGUCAUGUUUAUUUGACGAUUUCCCUUGGCCAUCCAAGCUUAAGAAGAUCAAAAUCUUUAACUCUAUGGCACUAUUUGGGUGUGGUGGACUUUUUUGGGCAGUAACGAUGCGGAAUCCGGAUGGUGGUGCCAUGGAUGUUGGUCUACUAGCAACUGCCAUUUGUUGCCUUGGCUUCUACACUGGUGGAUGUCCAAAACUGGUUCAAACUUUCGGAAAAGCGGAUGCAAGUACGAUAAAUCACUAUACACAGGUCUCUGGCCAUUUCCUGACGAUUAUCAGCUCUUUCUGGGUGCCGUACAUGGGCUACGGUAGCUCAUUCGAGGAAUGGGCAAUAAUUUUACGCACUUUCGGCACGGUGCUGAUCUGCUGCAAUUGCGUUUUCUUGUUUUCUAAUGGCAAAUCUCUGAACGGCGCC